UGCUGGAUAUCAUAAUGGAAAAAACAGAUCAGGCAGAAAUAUCUGCAUCAGUCCAAUGAAUUGGAUGAUAUGAGACGACAGCUAGAGGCAAAGAAGCUUGCCAUGGGGGAGAUGGUGAUGCAGAUGAGGGAGAUGAAGGAGGACGUCAAAAGCAAAAAUGAGCAGCUUUGUACUGCUCUUAAAUCGUUGUUGGUAGCUGGAAAGAAAUUAUGUGCAGCCAAUCAACAGCUACAGGAGGCUAAUAAAUUGGUAAUUGGAAAGAUGGGACACGGAAAUGCCAAAAGCUUACAGAAGAUGCUACGGAUGAGACAACAACAUAUGAUAAAUCAAGUGAAUUCCUUGUAUCCUGUGAAGUCUUCCAAUGAAAAUGCAUUGAAGGAGAAGCUUGAUAAACCUUGUGGGGGAGAUCAAGUACAAUUAUCAUUAGAAAAUGAGCCAAAGUCACCACCAGUGUCAUCUUUGACUAUUUUGGGUCAGCAACUUACCGCCAUCCCGUUGAAGAAGACAGGCUUCUUUAGUGACAAAAAGGAGAUGCAGAGGUCUUCAAUUGUUCUUGGUUUUGUCGCACAUGCAGUCUUUCUCAUUGCCUCUUAUCUUGAUGUUCCUUUACGAUACCCGCUGCACUUAGGAGGUUCUCGUUCGCACAUUUGUGACUAUGCGCCAUCAACAGAGGCCACAACAUCUGAUUCGACUGUCAGUUCAGUUGUUGAUGCUUGUGCGAAGCCGACAAAAUUUCCUCUCUUCUUGGAAGGCCAAGAUUCUACAAGAGCGGCAUAUGCUAUAUUCUUAUUAAAUAAGGACUUGGAGCAGAUAUUGAAUUUCUUCGGUGCUGAAAGCUUGGGACCGCGUCAUAUAUUAGCUAAUUUAAAGGAGCUAACGACGAUCAUUCAAUCUCCAGAAUUUCUUGACAAAUGAUGGAAUCCAUCCAUGUAAGUAAAGCUGAAGCAGCCCAAAUAGGUAUCCAACCAUCCAUUACAUUUUCUUUUUUAUACAUAUAUUUUUAAUAUGUUUGGCAUCAAAUUUCCAGAGGUGAAUAUAUGUUUUUUUUAGGAAACACCUCGUAUAAUUGGAAAAUGCAUUUUCUGCCCAACUUUCUGACCCAGAGGGGAUUCAUAAGCAUUGAAUUAUUGAUUUAACCUCCAGCACUGUUUUUCUUUUGUUUGGAUGAUUUAAUAAUUCAAUGCUCACCCAAAAAUGUAUUAGCAUUUAUGCUUUUAUGUUCUCAUUUAACUUAUUGUAAAUUUACUGUGAUACAAAAUGCGUGAAAUUAUAAUUUUAUGGCAUUAAAAUACAUG